AAACCAAAACUAAAGCCUCGGGACAGAGAUUUGGAUAAAACACAAUGGAAACGGCNAAAAAACUCUACUGUUAAGAAACCAAAACUAAAGCCUCGGGACAGAGAUUUGGAUAAAACACAAUGGAAACGGCCCGGACUACAAGGAUUUAGGAUUGGCACAUGGAACGUAAGAACUUUAUAUAAAGCAGGAGCUCUUGGUACACUAGUCGAUGCAAUAAAUAGAUAUAAGGCAAAUUUAGUAGCGCUACAAGAAACGAGAUGGCAAGGAGAAGGAUGUAUACCAACAGGUAACAUGACAUUAUACUAUGGUGGUCUAACGGCUAAUAAGCGUGAAAAUGGGGUGGGUUUUCUCGUGCACAAUAGUCUAAUACCAUGGAUUAAGCAAUUUAAGGCUAUAAAUGACCGAAUAUGUUACAUUCGGAUCAAUAUGAACCACCGGGACAUGGUAAUAAUUUGCGCAUACGCACCAACCGAAUCAGGAAAUGAAGAAGCAAAAGAUGCAUUUUAUGAAGAGUUGGAACAAGUGUAUGACGCCUUACCAGGCCAUUGCAUUAAAUUAUUAUUGGGAGAUCUGAACACCCAAGUGGGAAAAGAAAAUGCUUACAAAGCGACGAUUGGAAAACAUAGUCUACACGACCAAA